AUGGUUUCUCUGCCGAUGGGAGCAAACCCUUGGAUGCCAAUGUAUCCCAUGCAGAUGCCUCAGAUGCCUAUGAUUCCCCUUGCUAUUAUCCCGACACCAACGCAGUCCCCGCCUCAGCAGCCACUCGUGCCACUAGCGGCUGUGGCACCAGCGCCUGCACCUGUACUGGCGGCUGCCCCGAUGGGUGCAAACCAAGCACGUGCAGAGGAGAUCUGCAGUAAAAUGCUUGAAGACGUAGAUGCAGACCAUAAGCAGCACUGCGUGAAGACGGUGUUGAAGUCGAUGGAGAAAGGGCACUCAGAGCAGCAGUCCAUGUUCAUGGCCAAUGCGACGAUGCAGCUCCUUCAGCUGGGCCUUCCAGCAGCCGCUGCCGAUGCCGGGGCUCUGGAAGCUCUGCGUGGCUUCACUGACGGGAUGCCUUUCCACAAGGCGCUGAACCAGGGCCAAGCUGCUGCAAUUUACGAGAAUGCAUUGCUGAGUGGUUACACGCCAGCAGCGGCCAAGAUUGCCCGAAUGAACGCCCUCCGCACCUUGGAAGCUGGAUACUCCAGAAAGGCAUCUCUGGUGGCCAGUGAGUCAGCGGCCAAAGCCAUCGAAGCGGGCCUGACCCCGGCGGCCGCAGAGGCAGCUGCAACGGCCUCCGCCAAUGCAAUCAGAGAUGGAAAGUCUGUGGAGGAGGCUGCUGCAGCUGGUGCUGCCGUGGCACAAGUGACUAAGGAUGGCUCGCACAUCGUUAUCCACAUUCACGAUCACGAUGCAGACGGCCAGGUCACGAAGUACCGGUACCAGCCAGGUUCGGCGGACAUUGCAGCACCUGUCUCAACAGGUCCAGGGACUGCCCUAGAUGCUACACUGCCAGCUCAGAAAGCUGAACCACCACCGCCAGCCAAAGAGCUCAGGCCUGUCACGAAACCAUUAUUUGUGGCGCCAGCGCCGGCAGCAACUCAAACAUUUGAUACGGGCAAAGUGACGGCACCAGUGCCCCCGCCGGUGAAGCCUCCACCGCCAGCACCACCGGUACCAGUGCCACCCGUCGCCGUGCCUCUUCCUGUACGUGUGUCAAAGCCGGCAGCAGUUGCUCCAAGCCCAGAAGCUGGAGGCGGAAUGGAUGCGCUUCUGAGGCCGCGCAAGUUGCCCGUGGAACCGGCAGCCAUGCCAGCACCGGCGGCGCCAGCACUGCUAAAGCCUGCAUCCGUGCCAGUCGUUUCAGCACCUGUGCCUUCCACUGUCAUGGCCGCAGCACCGGCACCGGCAACGACCGGCUCUCAAUCGAGUGCUGAUGCCAUUGGGCAGAGGACAGGAAAAAGUGCAGGAGGAGUGGCGGAAGUGCGCAGCGAUGCGAGUCCAAGCACAGUCGCAGGUCCGACCACGAAAGAUUCUGUGGCAAAGAGCAGUGAAACUCACCAUGACUCGUCUACGGAAGCAAGUAGCGGAGCAAGUUCAUCAGCUUCAGAGGAUUCUGUGGCAUCGCCACAAGCGGAACCUGCAGGCCCAGGCGGCGACUCUGUGACGGGUGGUCAAGCUGCGCCAGAGGCAAAGGCAGCCAAGGCGACUGCAGCCGAGGUCACUGGGGUCCCGCAAAGCUCUGAAGCAACUACUCGUACAGCCUCUUCCAAGGCCCCAACCUCCUCGGCAGAACAGGAUGAGAGCUUUUUCGAUACCGUUCUGGACACGGUGAAGGAAGCUGCCUCUUACGUCCCCUUCGUGCCUUGGUCCUUGCAGGGGGAGACCAACGAGUUUGACCAGCUGCUGAACGGCUUGAAUUGGGAGCGACCAGAGGUGCAUGGCAAGCCACUGCCUCGCAGUGCUUGCUGGCUAACGACCGCCGGCUGCUCUUGCACGUACCGGUACAGUGGCACAUCAUGGCCAAACAUGGUAAUGCCUCAGUGGUUCGUUGAUCUGACUGACGAGGUAUGCCGAGCUUGUGAAGUGCCAGAGCGCCCAAACUCGUGCAACGCAAACCUGUAUGAGGACGGUGGUGACUCUGUUGGCUGGCACGCAGAUGAUGAGCCAUACUUCGAUGCAAAGCAUACGGAUGCACUCAUCAUCUCCUUGUCUCUGGGUGCGGCGUGCUACCUAGAUCACCAGGAGAGGGAUGCUGUCUUGGAUGCCACACUGCCGGUUGAGGAGUGCGACUGCCAGGGAGCGGCCCCCAGCGGCCUGAAGUGGCGCAGCUUCCUGGCACAGUUGCGUCAGAACCUCUGGGAUGAUGCCAGCUUCUCGAGGCCGUGGGUCCACGAGCUGUGCGGCGAAGCUUAUCCGGCCUUCUUCGGCACUGUGCGCAUCGACGAGGCCACAGGAGAGGUCACGCAGAUCAAACCGAGCACCUGCAGCGCUGGACUGGUUGCGAUGGCUGCCGUUUGCAGCCAAUCUAUAGCCUUGCAGAUGAGGCAGACGCGGCAGGCCGGAUGGUACUGGACGGAACGUCCGGUGAAAGACGAGGGCAAUGCCAUCGAGGACAUUCUGAAGAGAAUGCCAGCGAAUGAGUGCCUAAAGCUUUGCGAACGGCGGUCUGAUUGUGCAUCAGUUGCUCACGGACCUUUCGGCUGCCAUCUGAAGGACAAGUGCGUUUCACAAGCAGACGAGUUGGUCCUUCCUGGUGUGGCACAGGGCUACAGAACCUACUACCGCAACUCUGGCCGUUGUGUGGAAGCUGGUGUCGAAGAGUCCUUCAAGUCUUCCGACACCGCUCGGGUCAGCGAAAUCCGACUUCUGAUGGACUCGGCCACGCGUUUGCUGGCGACGGCCGUCCACUGUCUGGAUGAAUCAGACUGGCCUUUCUCCGUAGCGGAGGUGUUGGCGAAUCGGAUGAGUUUUGUUGCAGCCGCGUUGCAUGCUCACCAGGGUGAGCACCAGUUCAACUUCGAGUGGCAGCGAGCCCUUCGAUUUGACUUCCCAUCUUCCUGCAGUGCGCCGGCUCGGCGGCAAGCGGGAGACUCCGGCUCCGUGUGCCGAACGUUGGAUAGGCUGCUCAUAAGAUGGGUCCGAGGCUUGGAUUCCGAAGUCGGCUUCUGGCAUGCUUUGAUGGAUCCGGAGACACGGAACAGUCCGGAUGUGGAUCCCGCUGCGUGGCAAAGCGCACGGAUCUGGCUUGACGAAGGUCACGUCAGCUGGCACUACGGCGACAUUUGCAGCUUUGUGGAAACAGCACGGGCAGCUUCAGGCGAGCAGUUUGGCCGUCCACGUGUACUCAAUGCUGGGUCGGGGCCUUUGGCUCCCAAAGAUAUUGCGUGUCAAGAUGGCAAAGCAAUCCCAGUCGUUGCAGCCGACGGCUUGGCAAGAUUCUACAUGCAGCUGUAUGACAUCCUUGGGCACGAGCCGCCUGCAGUGCCAGCUCAAUGUCCUACCGAGCUGUUGCACCAAUGCUUCCCGCAGCAUCAUUUUGACGUCGUGCACGUGCGGAACUCAUUGGAUCACGCCAACGAUCCGCUGCUGGGCAUCCGGCAGAUGUUGGAAGUCGCCCGGCCAGGUGGAUGGGUGCUGCUUCGACAUGCCCGGAACGAGGGUGUGGCGGGCCACUUCCAGCUCGGACUUCACCAAUGGGCGUUCGAUAUUGAAGACUCAGCAGACGGCCCACACUUCGUGAUCUGGAGCCCAUCUCUGCGAGCCGACGUAACGCGGUGGCUCCUCUCCUCCAACUUGUCCACGGAAGUUCGAGCUGAGUUGCGGCCCCACCCGUCUGGCGGCCCGGAGCAGAAGAGUGACGGCGAUGGCUGCCAGUCGCAGCGGAUGGUGAAGCGAAAGAGAGCGGGCAUCGAGUGCUCAAAGUGCCAGGUAUUGGCCGACGGGUCGAACGGAGUUCGAAUCAACCUUACCUGGCGAUGGGUACUGGUUCACGACCGUGGUUGUGCAAAGCGCGGCAAUGGCCGCGCAGCCAGCGAACCGGUUCGUGUGCCGCGCAAGGCAGCGGGAGACGAGACGAAGAAGGCAGCCACGCAAGCGGCCGCCUUGUCAACAGCCGCAGCUGUGCAAAGCAGAGCGAUGCAGGUGGCGGCGGCUUCUGCUGCGUCAGCGAAGCUUUCACGGGCCUCCUCUGCUACGGCGACGCAGCAAACCUCUGGCCGAGACGGCGGACGUGCUACACCAGUGCUCAGACCGCAGAGCCCAGGCGGCCUGUGGGUUCAGGGUGACCGAGCUGAACGAGACAGGGCCCCGCAACCCCAAGCCAAGCUGCUGCGGUUGCCAGAGGACUUGUCAACUUCAGGGCAAGGCAGCGUUCCGGAGUUUUCCGAGAUUAUGGACAAGGCACGCCGUCUGAUGGGACCUGAGCCAACCGAUGGCGCUUCGCAGAGGCACCGGGCAACUUUGUCGACGGCCUCAGAGCUACGCGGCAGUGGGGCCCGUGACAGAAGGACUGACCAGCAGGAAAGGGGCCGUUCCAACAUGGAGCAGGCCGCUGACGUGGGCACUUCUUCUGCAGGCCGUGACCCGGGAUUGUCCAACAACCUCACAGGCGCCCGAGAUGUGGUUCCGUCUUCAGAUGCCUUCCGUGAUGAGGAUGGGCGCGACGAGCAUACUAGGAGUCGUCGGCAAGUCUCCUUGAAGGAGGCGGACCAAGCUAGCAGAGGGCGUCGCCAAAGUGGGGCACCUGCUGCAAAUGCCCUCGACGAGGAAAUCUACAGCAAGGCUGUGAAGCUCAUGGGCCCAGACGCGGUACAGAGGCCAGCUGCCCUUAGAGAGCCAGGGACUCAUGGUGCCUCAUGUCCGGUAUGCACACCUAUGCAGCUCUACUGUAUGGAGUUAUAUGAUGGCAGUUAG